AUGAAGAACAGAGGUACACUGUAGGCUAAAUAAUCGAUUUUGUUUCACUAAUAUAUGGUAGAUUGCAUGCAUAUGGACCGAUUACUUUUGGAAUCUCACUUUGUUUUCCCAACAAAUGGGUUAACACAAGGUUAUAUUUUAAAUCGCUUUUCCAUAGAAGCUUGAUGUGUUUAAUGAGGCCACGUCCACUCGAAUCCUCAUAUUUCUGAAACCGUAUUUUUUACACGAAAGUGGUUUCCAUAUAAUACGAUUGCUGGCCUAUUAUGUCUAUUAUUCACCGAUUUUUACGAAAACAGCCUAUAUUUUUAAAUUUUUUUAGCCCUCUUUGUUACUUUGCAGAGUAAUAUUUACCUGUGCUCAGAGAAAGAAACUAACACGUACUUAGUUAUUUACCGAAAAAAUAAACAUACUUGCUGCCUGUAUAAUAAUCGAGAAUUUCAGCACGACUCGUAAGAUAUCCGAACGCAGGCAGCAAAUGCGUUUAUUAGAGAAUGAAAUCAAUCUGGUCGCUACCGAAACCUGUUAGACCGCGUAAUUCAAAGAUACUACUAACAGUUAAUUUUGGCGCCAGACGUCAACAGUUUAGGUCACGUGGCUUUGUAUGUCAAACCAAAAAGUUUACUCACGUGAACACAUUCCUUUUCCAUUACUUAUUUCGUUGUUCGCCCAGUAGAGUCAUAAAGCACUAGAUAGCUGAAGUCGAAGGAAUUUUCAUCGCUUGACUUUCGUCCUCUUGGGUUGACAGAAACGCCAUUAUUCGACUUGGCCUUUGAAACGUGAAUUUACCUUUUUGGUUUGAUGAUUGACGAACAAAGCCUUGUAACCAAAGUCUUUACCGUUUGACGACAAAGAUAAUUGUUCUCUGUAUUUUUGGAUUCUCUGUCUACCUUUUUCGGUACUAUUUUUGAAUGAGUCCCAUCAGCCAGACUUUACUCUGUAGGAAGAGGAAACCGAGUUCAGAAACGUCGAACACCGGCGACAAAGACAAAACGACAGAAGAAAAGAGUGGAAGAUAGCAACGACGAACCUAGUCCCAUGCCCCUCAGAACGCCGCGUAACGCACCCAGACCGCCGAAGCCCACUAAAGGAAAAUUGACCAAUCAAAAGAUGCCUGUUUUUGAAAGUGAUGACGAAGAAAGCAUCGAGUUAUUUGAUUUGGAUGAAGAGGAGGAAAACUGCACUGGAUUGGACUCCGAAGAUGAUGAAACGUGUCAAACGGAGAGAAUUCCAGUGGCGGCAGAUCGCAUGGUGUAG